AUGUGUGUAGAUAAUAUUACCGACAAAUUGAGAAUAAUAUUUACAGAUUUACCCGUCGUUACGUUGAACUUGGGUGCGAACUUAGAUGCCGAUAAAGUAGUGGAAGGAUCUGAUAUCUACUUGGAUUGUAGAGUUCGUGCAAACCCUUGGUACAGCAAUGUUCACUUCACUCAUAAUUCUUUAUGUGGUUGUACUAUUUGUUUAGAAAAGCCGUCAGCAGUCAGGAAUUGUAAUAUCACAAAUGUGACGUAUGAUUCCCUCACACUAAACUGUACACCAGGUCAUGAUGGCGGUGUCCGCCAAACGUUUUUUCUGGAGGUUUUCGACAAAACAACAGGUAUGUUACUGCGUAACAUAAACAACGAAGAGCCGCUCUUUGAAGUACCGGGACUUUCCACCAGUGGCAUCUUAGCGUUGUCAAUAAGGUCGUAUAACAGUAAAGGCUUAAGUGAAGCUUUUACGCUUGCCUGUAGUCUAUUGCAAUAUCCGGAACGAAGAACAGCAAUGUCACCGAAGCCCAAGUUAAAGGAAAUGAAACUGGAUUCCACGAAAUCGACUGAGACUGAAACUCAUAAGAAGAAACAUUGA